CGGUUGCGCUUCAAUCUUCUCCAAAUUUUACUCGUGUCGUGUCGUUCUAAUACAUUUUCUGAAUCGAAUGCGGUCUUUGCAGUUUGGGGACACCAUCAAAAUGCUAAUCGGCAGUUUUAAAGCGAAUAAACUUUGAUAGCUAAAAACUCGGAUGUGGUGCUUUCUUGAUGUCUUGAUGUCGUCCAAGUUCCCUCACACUUGCAAUUUUUGUAUCCAGUAGAAGGCGGAAUUCGGUGUUUUGAGCAACCGGGGGAACCGCGCAAUUGGAGAACAGGAAAUUGCCGCCAUAUAGAAUAAUCAAAAUCCGAAAUCAAAAAAAUAGCGUGUCGGGCAGAUUUUCAAAAUCUCUCUGAUAUUGCAGCACACGAGGAUCCAUCAUCUCAAUCUCCGUCUCCAUUGCGCUUGUGGUCAUAACCUUAAAAAGCCACACGUGCAUUCGGUCCUCAUCAGUUGCCAUUGCUGGUAGAAGAGUGUAUAAGACAGAGGAAUAAGGCCAAAGGACAAUCAGCUGUUGCUGCGCGCGACGAACAGCGACGAUGGCAACAACAGCCGACCAGUUAAUGGCACCUGGCCUAACAACACCACCGACACAGUCGGUGCUGGCAACGAUGGCGGCCACUACAGCGGCAGGAACGAAUGGCGACACCUCCACAAAGGAGCGCCAACAGGAGCAGCAAGUGGAUCAGAACAACAAGUCGACCUCACCGAAACCAAAUGCUAUGCCCAGCCUAAAGAUAGCUAAAAUGAUGCCAAACAAUUCAAACAAGGAGAAACGUGUCUAUAAAAUUGUCCUAACAGGCGGUCCUUGUGGUGGUAAAACAACUGGACAAUCGAGACUCUGCACAUUCUUUGAGAAUCUGGGAUGGAAGGUUUUCCGCGUGCCUGAAACGGCCACUGUAUUACUCAGUGGUGGCGUUAAGUUCUCCGAUUUGACCGAAAAAGAGGACCCACCUACGCCUACCACCUAUGUUUAUAAAGAUCUGCCAUUUGCCGCACCGGAGCAUAGUCUCAUCGAUUUGACUGCAUCCUGUCCACGUUGCUUGGCCAAAGCUGCCUCCAAGCCAAAUGGCAGUGAAGCAUAUAAAUUUCAGGAGAAUCUGAUACGCACAAUGGUGCAAAUCGAGAAUACAUACUUUGAGCUGGGAGUUUCGAGUACAAGAAAUUGCCUUAUCAUCUGCGAUCGAGGCGUUAUGGAUGCCAGUGCAUAUAUAUCAAAGGACAAAUGGGAGAAAAUGAUGGCCGCCAAUAAGUGGAAUCCUGUUGAGAUGCGAGACAAUCGAUAUAAUCAAAUCUUGCAUUUGGUAUCGGCUGCUAACGGUGCCGAGGAUUUUUACUCUACAGAGGAUCACGCUUGUCGCUCCGAGGGCGUGGAUUUGGCUCGAGAAUUGGACUACAAAUCGGCUGCUGCCUGGGUUGGUCAUCCCUAUUUCGAUGUCAUUGAUAACUCAACCAACUUUGAGGCCAAAAUGAACCGAAUGAUUGAGUCCGUGUGCCAGAAAUUGGGCAUCGACAUUGGCGAUCGUUUGCAAGCCACAUCCAGAAAGCUCAAAUAUUUGGUUGCUGUUCUGCCGCCUGAUAGCGAAUUCCCACCGUUCCAGGACUUCGAUGUCGUGCAUCAUUAUCUACAAUCGGCUGGUCCCAAAGUCCAGGCACGUUUGCGUAAGCGUGGACAGAAGAAUCACUGGAGUUAUAUACACACCCAGCGCCGUCCCAAUGUCCAUGGUCAGGCCCGCAUCGAGGUGAAGACUCAGCUAACACAUCGCGAUUACAUGAAUCUGCUGGCCCAGCGCGAUGAUGCCCAUUUUACAAUUUACAAGAAACGGCGCUGCUUCCUAAUUAACAAUCAAUACUUCCAGCUGGAUAUCUACAAAGAGCCGGGUCAUCCACGCUGCAAAGGCCUUGUACUAUUAGAGACCUACUCAUCCUUAACUGGCGAUGCUCUUAAGAACUGCAUGCCGAAAUUUUUGAACAUAGUCAAGGAGGUAACCGGCGAUCCAGACUACUCCAUGUUCAAUCUAUCGUUGAAGGAGGACUGGAGCACGACCAAAAAGUUUUGCCGUACAGCGACACAUGACAAGGGCGCUACAAACGGAAUUUCGAAAACGCCAUUAGUUCUAAAUGGCCAGUAGAAUUCCAUUGCGAAUCUCUUUCUACAAUCCCCACCCACACCUACAUACACCUAAGCCCCACCAACACCACACACACACACAGACACACACACGCAAACAGCCACGCGUUUGAAGUGAGCAACAAAACUUAUGAUUUCGAUUUGGCAACCAAUUGUAAUAUUUGUUUAAGUAUACCAACUAGAAAGAAGAAAGGAAAACUUCUCUAGUGCCCUUAAGCCAAUAAAAGUUAAUGUGUAAAUUAUAAUUUAAAGCCUUCACAAUUGAUUCGGUCAAUAUUACAAAUUUAGUUAGUCAAUUGUGAAUGCUAAUACUGUGACACACUCAUAAAUGCACACACUCACACAUUGUUACUUAUUUCGAGUACUUAACUCCCAUCCUAUCCCCCGAUACUUAAGAUCUAGAUUUAUAUGUGUACUUAAUUUUUAACUAUUUUAUGUCAUAUUUGCUCGUGUUAAUUGCUAAGGAAGAAUGAGUAAACUAUACAUAUACAAUAUAUACAUACAUACAUACAUA